GGGGCGGUGCGCGCAGCCAUGCUCCGCCGGUCGCUGUGGCUCUGCUUCUGCCUCUGCUCCUGGGCGGCCCGCGGUUUACGCGUCCAUGAAUACUUAUAUUUCCAAGUGCUCAGCCCUGGAGACAUCCGCUACAUCUUCACGGCCACUCCGGCCAAGGAUUUUGGUGGCGUCUUUAACACAAGGUACGACCAGAUCCACCUGGUCCCAGCGGAUCCUCCUGAAGCCUGCGGAGAGCUGAAUAAUGGUGUCUUCAUCCAGGAGCAGAUUGCCUUGGUGGAGAGGGGCGGUUGCUCAUUCGUAUCGAAGACGCGUGUGAUCCAGGAGCACGGUGGGCGCGCGGUGAUCAUUGCAGACAACGCCUAUGAUAACGACAGCUUCUACAUCGAGAUGAUCCAGGAGAACAGCAGGCGGACAGCUGACAUCCCUGCGCUCUUCCUGCUGGGCAGGGACGGGUACAUGAUCAGACGUUCCCUGGAGCAGCACGGGCUCCCCUGGGCUGUCAUCUCCAUUCCUGUCAAUGUCACCAGCAUCCCCACGUAUGAAAUGAUGCAGCCCCCCUGGACCUUCUGGUAGCAGCAUGAGGCUGUGGAGCAUGGAGGACUUCUUGGUGGAUCCCAGGAGCUGGCCCCAGGGACAAUCCUUGAAGAACAAGUCCCAACGUGCUCCAGAGAUCCCACUACCCAGAAGAGCUGAAGAACAACCACCAGUACCCAUGGUGGGAACCUUGAGCCCAGCACUGAGCAUCCUUUGCAGUGACUUUCUGGAAGGGAAGUGGUGGCCCAGAACAGGCCAACGCUUCCCCUGGAAGCAUCUUAAUGACGUGCAAUGUGCCGA